GCAGAGCAAUUCCCAAGGGAGCCCAGCAGGCACGGACCAGGCAGCACGCACCAGCCACGCCCAAUUCCCAAGGGAGACACAUUCGCCCCUCCCCCUGCUGCCUGCUGCUCCUGGCCUCUCCUGGUGCUGCUGCUGAGCCCAGCUCUCUCGGAAUUCCCUGAGCCAGCCAGCCCAGGCUCUGCCAGGACCAGGCUCAGGCAGGCCCCCAUCCCCUGAGCCUGGCUCUUGCGUUCUGCUCCCUGCCUGGGCUCCAUGGCUCUCGAAUAAGUGCGGUUCGGGACCUGGAGCACCAAGGCCUAUUCAGCGACCUUAUCACGCCUAGCAUUCUUCACCUAACCGGCGACAGCUACUGACAUUGUGAACUUCAGUCUUUCUAGUUUCUAUCAGUGGCUGUCCUCCAGCCUUGAUAGUAUCUGACUCGACGGCUUUUUUAACGGAGAGUCAGUUUUUAAUACGUACUGGGUCACAUUUCUGAGGCUCCUGCUGCUCAGCGAGCCGUUCAAAGCGCUAGAAUACUCACCCAGCUGCAGCCCACAACACGCAGCGUCAACCUCAGCGGCCUCUGGUGGAUAAGGAGUCUGAACAAAGAUUCUCCUGCUGUCCCAGUCAACAUCCACCGCUGCUUGGGAGAAAAUUCCCUCCACCUUCAACUAGGCACACACAUCUGUCAUUGGGUGCGAAGCACCCUUGACAUGGCCGUCAUCUGUUGGAGGGUACCAGAAUGCGUAAUAUAGGAAAUCGGAGAUUCUCUGGGAUUCAGGUUAGAGGGAAUGUGCAGUACUCAACCGCAAAGCUUGAGCUGCAAGCGGUCAGCCGAUGAAGCGCUUCUACCUGUGAUAUCGAGGUCAAGUGACGAGGCAGAAACUCAAACCAGCCCUGUUGACGGUAGCGAUGCGGACCAGCCAUCUGGGGAGAUGUGUCCUGUUGGAAGCCAGCUUGUCGCAGAAGGCGAGAAACCAGAAGACCAAGCGAGCGCUCAGGAGCAGCAUGCCAACGUCAAAGACGAACCUGUUGCGAGCACGGGGAAUACGGAACCGUCAAAUCGCAUGGAAGCUUCUGGGCGAACUGGCGGAUUGGAGAGCGAGUCGAAAGGCAACCGGACCAAAGAGACGACGGCGACGGAUCAACCGACUGAAGGAGUUGAAGCUUCAGAGGGCGACAUGGAAGGAACCAGUGUCAGAACGGCGAAAAAGCCACGUCUUGUGUGGACAGCAGAACUGCACUCUCGCUUUAUGAGUGCGGUCAAUCACUUGGGGGUCAAGAAUGCUGUCCCCACCACAAUUUUGAAGCUCAUGAAUGUCGAAGGCAUGACACGGGAAAACGUGGCGAGUCAUUUGCAGAAAUACCGUCUGUAUUUGAAGAGGAUGGCUGGACUUCCGCCUGGAGCUCGGUUGCCUCCAGAUUUCAUGGUGUUUCAAGGGCCAAGCCAUCACGGAGCACUGCAUGCGAACUCUUCAGUGGGUGGCGCUGGUCCAAUGUACAUGCAACCUGCAUCUUACAACGGAUCACACCCGACCAUGGUUGUGUCUGGAGCUCCAGCCGGGUAUCCUACAUCAAGUGCAAUGUAUCCUGGGACCAUUGCCAUGCGUCCCACAGCAGCUAUGGCCAGCACCUCCCCCAUCCAGCAAGCAUCAUGUCUUCCACGAAUGGUCAUGACAACUGCCUCACCUUCGGCAAUGCACACAAUGCUCUCUGGGUCAUCACAGUUUGCAUCCUUCUCGCCUGGGACGUCUCCACCAACACACCGACCGCACUCCAUGGCACUCAACUCUCUUCAUCCUGGAUCUACUGCUGUGGGGAUUCCAGUGUCCUCUGGACCAGUGGUUCCUGGAUACCCUCCUGGAUCUGUUCCUAUGGCAACAGGGGCGUCUCCACUCCAGCCGAGACCACCAUCCAUGGCCAUGCCUCACUCCCCUUAUUCUAUGGGAAUUUCUCCAGUUCAAUCCUAUCCGCCCGGCUCCUGGGCCCAUGUUGCUACAAGCAUGGGCUACCGUCCAUCCACUGGGCCUGGCUCAACAAUACCCAUCGGUGUUCCUGCUGGUGGGAGCAUGGUGGCGCAGUCUUCUAGCAUGCAGCCAGCAUUCGGCCAUCAACAGACAUCAAUGUGGAACCCCAUGUCGUCCCACGGGACUGUUAUGGGCUCUCCGGCUACCAGCAUGGCGGUUCCUGUGGGCACACUUCACCAUUCAGUCUCCAUGCCUCAGCUGCCGGUUACCUCAACGGGCCACCCUGCUGGUCAAGAUGCGAAUGGAAACGGGCAGCUCUCCGUUUUGUCGCUUCCUCCUCCGCAUGUCAUGAUGGGAUAUGCAGAGCAGCACUCCUCCUGGCCUAUGGCUGCUACUGGUGCAUCUGCUCCGUUUGUGACGCUGUCAGACCUUGAAGCUUGUCCCUCGGGGCAGGGAAGCCAAUUUGCCGAUACAACAGUGAGUGGCACUGAUGACGAAGGCGGCACUGCUGCCACAACAAUAGCAGAGAAUGAAGAGGCUGCGCUUGCCCUACCAUCUCACGAAGAAGGGGGUCUGGAUCUAGAGCCUACGUGGCCUCAAGAAUGGGAGCAAGACUGGAAAAUCUUGGGGUGAUAAGUGCCUGUUUGUCAGGAUAUUUGUGCAUAUUUUUUGACAUGUAAUGCUUGCCUUGUGGAUGUAAUGGUGUAGCCGCUAA